AUGAGCAUGCCACGAGACUUUACCGUCAAUGGAGUCGGCCUAUUGGGCAUAAGUGUUCAGCACGCGGAUCUGACAAUCGAGCCAAUGCAAGAAAACAGUCUGGAGUUCACAGGAUUGGCCUUUUCCAUCCAUGCUGGGCUCUCAUUACUUGAGAAGCCGCAAGGCCGUGAGGCUCUGUAUAGACUAGGAGCAACAGUUGCUCGAGAAUGGCGCCGUAGUCGAACCUUUGUCUUCCGUGGAGACGUCAAUCGUAUGGAAGAAUAUGUCAAUGAGUUCUUGCGGGCUCUGCGUGCUGAUUUUCCUCGUGUCAUCGUUGGCAACGUUGGAGGCCCAGAGGUUGUUGCUGAGGCAAGACGUAUGCCUGGCGGUGGAUGGGAUGGAAAUCUCAGCCACUUCUUGCCCAAGAAAGCUGGAGGUAUCUUCUUCAAUCAGACUAGGGUCGCCGAAAUGGCGAACGCUUCACGGCUUGGGGGUCACAAAGGCUCCCAGGAAAGAAAGAUGGCUGCCCGUCAUCGAUCAUAUCUGUUCAUGUUCGCGGUCGCGACACUGCACGAGCUGACUCAUCUCUUCGUGGCCUAUCUAGCUCAGGGAAGCGAUGACCCCAGUUCAUACACUCCUCCUAAUGUUUCCUACCUCAACUACGUAGGACUCAUAGAUCCUCAAACCAACCGUCCCAUGACUGGCGAAUCUGGACGCUGGAUCGAAGGUUACCUAUUUGGGGGCUCCAUCGAGUUCUACAGAGACGUUUCGGAUGAUAACGGCCAGACUGGCAUCCCACAUGUUCUUGACGCUCAGGCUCUGGCGAGAAAGAUACAUCCUGAUUGCAUUUUAGAGCUUGUCACACGACUUCAAGGUCAGUAUCAUUUCGAAAUCCGAAUCUUUGCAAUCAAGGCUUUAAUCGGUUUCCUUUCACUACAAUGGGUAAUGCUCUCACUCUCGCAACGAGGCGAUCUCGCGGGCUACUGA